CCUUCCCCAAUCGUCACCCACCAAACCCCUCUCCACUCUUUAACAACUCCUCCUUCUCUACUUCAUCACCAUCCAUCCACGAAGCUUCCUUUAUUGUUAUCUUAAAACAAAAAGUCAUAACAAUGACAGAGAAACACAUUACAUAGUCUAUAUAUAAAAUAUAUACAAGAUGAAGAGAUGGCCAACGCAUGGUGUCUGGUUGAAUCAUCUCCCUCUUUCACCAUUUCAAACUCUUCCAUUUCUGUACCCACUCACUCAAAACAAGCAAAGAAAGGAAACCCAUUAUUUGCUUUCUUUCAAUUCCUCGACUUUGAAUUAUGGGCAAAGGUGGACAAGACUAUGCUAAGAGAGACCUCCCAAGCCCAAGAGCUCCUCCACACCGUGAAACCUUCCCAGCAUGGUCUAAACAAGUUUCAGAAUGUGAAAAACACUACCAAGUCAACAGGGUUGCAGGACUAAACUCUUCAGAGAUCGAAAAACGCCUCAGAAUUCAUGGUUACAACGAGCUCGAAAAGCAUGAGGGACCAUCCAUAUGGACUCUAAUUCUUGACCAAUUCAACGACACCCUUGUUCGAAUCCUCCUCGCUGCCGCCAUCGUCUCCUUCGUCCUAGCACUCUAUGAUGGAGGGGAGGGCGGCGACGAGUUCACGGCAUUUGUGGAACCCAUCGUGAUUUUCCUCAUCUUGAUCGUUAACGCGAUCGUGGGUGUUUGGCAAGAGAACAAUGCCGAGAAAGCACUGGAGGCGCUCAAAGAGAUCCAAUCCGAGAACGCAAAUGUUAUUCGGGACAAUCGUCGAACAUCUAACCUGCCUGCCAAAGAGCUCGUCCCAGGGGACAUAGUUGAGCUCAAAGUUGGCGAUAAAGUCCCUGCCGACAUGAGAGUUGUCAAGCUGAUCAGCUCGACUCUCCGUGUCGAGCAGGGCUCGCUGACAGGCGAGAGCGAGGCGGUGAAUAAAACCAACAAGGCUGUGCCUGAAGAUGCUGAUAUUCAAGGCAAGAGGUGUAUGGUUUUUGCAGGAACAACAAUUGUUAAUGGGUAUUGUAUUUGCUUGGUGACACAGACUGGCAUGGAGACAGAGAUUGGGAAAGUCCACACCCAAAUCCAUUUCGCAGCGCAGUGCGAAGAAGACACUCCAUUGAAGAAGAAAUUGAAUGAGUUUGGUGAGGCCUUGACUAAAAUAAUUGGAUUGAUAUGUGCACUUGUUUGGAUCAUCAAUGUCAAGUACUUCUUGACUUGGGAGUAUGAUAAUGGGUGGUGGCCUAAGAAUUUCAAGUUUUCCAUCGAGAAAUGCACGUAUUAUUUUGAAAUUGCGGUGGCAUUGGCUGUGGCAGCCAUUCCAGAAGGAUUGCCCGCAGUGAUCACCACGUGUUUGGCGCUUGGCACAAGAAAGAUGGCUCAGAAAAACGCCCUUGUGAGGAAAUUGCCUAGUGUUGAGACUCUGGGAUGCACUACUGUGAUUUGUUCUGAUAAGACUGGUACUUUGACUACCAAUCAAAUGUCUGUGACAAAGAUUGUGGCAAUGGGUGCUACUGAGAAAGAAGUUAGAUGUUUUCAGGUGGAUGGGACUACUUAUAACCCUUCUGAUGGCAAAAUCCUUGACUUCCCGGCUGGUGCCUUGGAUGCUAAUCUUCAGAUGAUUGCGAAAAUAGCUGCUGUUUGCAACGACGCCGGUAUUGCACAAUCGGAGCACAAGUAUGUUGCUAGUGGAAUGCCUACUGAGGCUGCUCUGAAGGUUCUAGUUGAAAAAAUGGGCCUCCCUGAAGAAUCUGUGGAUGACACUUGUUCGACUCCCAGUGAUGUUCUAUUACGAUGCUGCCGCCACUGGAAGAAAACUCAACGCCGAAUUGCAACUCUUGAGUUUGAUCGGGAUAGAAAGUCCAUGGGCGUAAUCGUCGAGUCUCAAUCAGGGUUGAGGUCAUUACUGGUGAAGGGUGCAGUAGAAAAUGUAUUGGAGAGAAGCACCCAUGUUCAGUUGCUUGAUGGUUCUGUUGUAGAAUUGGAUCAAAAUUCAAAGAACCUUAUCUUGCAAUCCCUCCGUGAAAUGUCAACCGGUGCUUUGCGCUGCUUGGGUUUCGCAUACAAAGAUGAGUUACCUGACUUCGAAACAUAUGAUGGCGAUGAGGAUCAUCCAGCUCAUGCUCUUUUACUCAAUCCAUCCAAUUAUUCGUCGAUUGAGACUAAACUAACUUUUGUUGGCUUGGUUGGGCUAAGGGACCCUCCUCGAAAAGAAGUUUACCAAGCAAUUCAGGACUGCAAAGCGGCUGGCAUUCGUGUUAUGGUUAUUACCGGGGAUAAUAAAAAUACUGCAGAAGCCAUAUGUUGCGAAAUAGGUGUAUUUGAACCCGAAGAAGACAUGAGUUUGAAAAGCUUAACUGGAAUGAGACCUUUUAUGGAACUUGAAGACCAGAAAGCCUAUCUGAGACAAACUGGUGGGCUUCUAUUCUCUAGGGCUGAACCAAGGCAUAAGCAAGAGAUUGUGAGAUUGCUUAAAGAAGAUGGAGAGGUCGUUGCCAUGACAGGUGAUGGAGUGAACGAUGCACCUGCCCUAAAACUAGCCGAUAUUGGAAUAGCUAUGGGUAUUUCUGGGACAGAGGUUGCUAAGGAAGCUUCUGACAUGGUUUUAGCAGAUGAUAAUUUUAGUACAAUUGUCGCUGCUGUCGGUGAAGGGAGAUCUAUCUACAACAACAUGAAGGCUUUCAUCAGGUACAUGAUCUCCUCAAACAUAGGUGAGGUGGCUUCUAUAUUUUUAACAGCGGCAUUAGGUGUCCCCGAAGGCCUAAUACCUGUCCAACUAUUGUGGGUCAACCUUGUCACUGAUGGACCCCCAGCGACAGCAUUGGGAUUCAAUCCGCCAGAUAUAGGCAUAAUGAAGAAACCCCCUCGUCGCAGUGAUGACACACUCAUCAGCCCUUGGACCUUAUUUCGCUAUUUGGUCAUUGGUCUAUAUGUUGGAUUUGCUACUGUUGGUAUAUUCAUCAUUUGGUACACACAUGGUUCCUUUUUGGGCAUUGACCUUAGCAGUGAUGGCCACACCCUAGUCACAUACUCCCAACUCGCAAAUUGGGGUCAAUGCUCAUCUUGGGAGAAUUUCACCGUCUCACCUUUCACAGCUGGGACACAAGUGUUCUCCUUUGACAACAACCCUUGUGAUUACUUCAAGCGUGGAAAAAUGAAGGCCACAACACUCUCCCUCUCUGUCCUUGUCGCCAUCGAAAUGUUCAAUUCUCUCAAUGCACUUUCUGAGGACACGAGCCUUCUGACAAUGCCCCCUUGGGUCAAUCCUUGGCUCCUUUUGGCCAUGUCCAUCUCAUUUAGCUUGCACUUUUUGAUUCUCUACGUGCCAUUCCUGGCUCAUGUGUUUGGCAUAGUGCCCCUCAACCUCAAUGAAUGGAUAUUGGUUUUGGCAGUUGCUCUACCUGUGAUUUUGAUCGAUGAGACUCUAAAGUUUAUGGGAAGGUGCUCAAGAGGGUUCCAAUUUCUAACAUGUUCCACACGAAAAAAUUUGAAGCCUAAGACAGAGUGAGACAAUAUGUAAAUAGUUGGGAAGUUGAAAAUAAAGUUGCCUUUUUAAGAGGUUGGUGACUUGUAAUAUACAUGUCCUGUCAUAGUUGUAUUACAUAUAUGCUUGUUAUCGAACUCUUUUGUACAAGGAGGGAUGGUUGGACUAUGAAGAAUUUUCUGAACAUUUCUCAUCUGUUUUCCUCCCUCUUUUCCCUUCUUUAUCUUCAAAUCAAGCUUGUGUGAAACCUCAAAUUUUGAUGCAAAAUAUAAGUUGGGAGCUUUAUAUA